UUCAAGCGGGGUUUUCUUGUUUUUAGCCGAGGAUGUCCGAAGUGGCCCUACUACCGACAGUGUAGCACGAAGCGCUGCUGUCGCUCGCUGUCGAGGUGCGAAACGGAGGAGGCAGGAGAGGGGCAGAAAAGCCGGGGUCGAAUCCAGUCCGUCUUUUUCCUCGGCGCUGUUGUGCUCUGUAGAAGCUCCAUGUUUUGGCCCCGAUCUGUGUUUCGAGUCAGGCUGUAAUUUCCAUGGCUGUCCAUGGUUUGGUGCUGUUGGCUCUCUCUGUGUCUGCUCAACCCAGGCUGUGCGGAGCUCCCUGCGGGAUCAGAGCGCUCCCCCGCCGGGACCCUACUCUCACAUCCUCCUGCUGGGACUCGGCUACAUUUCCAGCCAAGCCUGGCUUUAUUAUGUGUGUCUGCACUGCAGCCCAGCCAGCAGUAGGAUCGGGAGGAGGAGGGAAGACGAGAGUCAGGACAAAGAAAAAGGGAGAGAGAGGCUAGCGAUCGCAAACAUUUUUUAAAGGAAUUAAAAAAAGAGGAAAAAAAGAGGGGAAAAACCGAAAACCCAAGAAACAAAUGCGGUGCGAAAUGCCGAUGCCAGUACCACCUUCUGUGAAAUAACGCACGGAGGAAGGCUGUCCAAAAGAAACCCGUACUCGGGCUGAAAAAAAAAAAAAGAUAAUAUAGUUCCGAUAACUGCACCGGGGAAACAAUCUUGGAGGCAGGCUAGUGAAUGACGACCACAUCAUAAUAAUAAAAAACCGAAAGAAGGCGAAAAAAAAAAAAAGGAGAAGAAUUACCAGCGAGCUUGUUCAAAUUAAAUCGCAUCUCCGCCUCAUUAAGGCAAUCUGAUUAUUGAAACGUCUCGCCAAUAUUUUUUUUUUUCUCCGCCACGGACGAUCAGGUGUGAUCCCGUCUGCCUCGCAUUUGGCACCCGCUGCCGAAAACUCGGGCUCGCUCGGAGGAUUUGCUCCGCCGCCGCCAGCGAGCCGUCGGUCUCCCCCUCCGGAGCUCUUGCGGGGAACAAAAGAACGAUACCGUGAGCGCUCUCGCAAAACGACAAGUUAUCCGGCGAAUUCUACAGGUUGAUCUACAACAGCUGCGAAGAACUUGGGAGAGAAAUCAGGAAAGGGGGCAUCGCGGGUUUUUUUUUUCUCCGUCGGCAACCUUCGUUUUUUUUUCCUCUUUUUUUUUAAGUGCCACCGGACUGUGUCUAAGCUGAGACUGAAGUUGCCGCAUUGCAACAGGCAAAGUGUGUGUGUGUGUGGGGGGGGGAAACUCAACAACCCGUCUAUAUGAUUUUAUUUCGUUAAGAGCGGCAAGUGAUAGCAGAAGAGAAGACGACAUUUAAGAGGGACAUGUCUAGACGAAAGCAGGCCAAACCGCGUUCUGUUAAAGUGGAAGAAGGAGAGUCUUCGGAGUUCACAGGGAGCUGGGAGUCCUCCGCUGUCCAAACAGAUGUGCCAGGGGCGGACCGGGACGCGGAGAGGAAGGACCGGCGGGCGCUGGAGGACGGCCAGAGCGUGACGAGCCACGAGGACCGGGCCGCCGAGGAUGAGCUGGACGACGAGGCCAUUUUCACCUGCGACAACUGCCAGCAGGACUUCGAGUGCCUGGCGGAGCUGACCGAGCAUCGCACCCACCACUGCCCGGCUGAUGGCGAUGAUGACCCUCAUCUCUCCUGGGUGGCAUCCUCCCCCUCCAGCAAAGACGUGGCAUCACCCUCACAGAUGCUGGGGGACAGCUGUGACCUCGGGAUGGGGGAGGAGGAAGGAGGCACGGGGCUGCCCUACCCUUGCCAGUUCUGUGACAAGUCCUUCAGCCGGCUCAGCUACCUGAAGCGCCACGAGCAGAUCCACAGCGACAAGCUCCCCUUCAAGUGCACCUACUGCAGCCGGCUCUUCAAGCACAAGCGCAGCCGAGACCGUCACGUCAAGCUGCACACGGGAGACAAAAAGUACCACUGCCACGAGUGCGAGGCGGCCUUCUCGCGCAGCGACCACCUGAAGAUCCACCUCAAGACGCACAGCUCCAGCAAGCCCUUCAAAUGCACGGUCUGCAAGCGGGGCUUCUCCUCCACCAGCUCCUUGCAGAGCCACAUGCAGGCCCACAAGAAGAACAAGGAGCACAUGGCGCGGGCCGAGAAGGACAUGGGCAAGAAGGAUGACCUGUACAUGUGCGACUACUGCGAGGAGACCUUCAGCCAGACGGAGGAGCUGGAGAAACACGUCCUCACUCGCCACCCCCAGCUCUCCGAGAAGGCUGACCUCCAGUGCAUCCACUGUCCCGAGGUCUUCUCGGACGAGGGCUCCCUUCUCAACCACAUCGACCAGACGCAUGCCAACAAGAAGCACAAGUGCCCCAUGUGCCCGGAGCAGUUCGCCUCGGUGGAGGAUGUCUACUGCCACUUGGACAGCCACCGGCAGCCUGAUUCCAGCAACCAUAGUAUCAGUCCCGAUCCGGUCCUUGGCAGCGUGGCCUCCAUGAGCAGCGCCACUCCGGACUCCAGUGCUUCUGUGGAGAGAGGUUCCACUCCCGAUUCCACCCUCAAGCCCUCCAGGGCCUCACGGAAGCACGGCUCCUCGGAACGAGAAGAUGGCCAGAACUGGCCGGCAAAAGUCACUUACAGCUGUCCCUACUGCUCCAAGAGGGAUUUCAAUAGCCUGGCUGUACUGGAGAUCCACCUCAAGACCAUCCAUGCCGACAAGCCUCAGCAGAGCCACACGUGCCAGAUGUGCCUGGACUCCUUGCCCACGCUUUACAACUUGAAUGAGCACAUCCGCAAGGCCCACCGCAACAGCAGCGCUUUUCCCGUCUUGCAGUUCAGCAACGUCUCUGCCUUCCACUGCAACUACUGCCCAGAGAUGUUUGCUGACAUCAACAGCCUGCAGGAGCACAUCCGCAUGACCCAUUGCCUCCCUGGUGCUGCCUCUAGCACCCUUGAAGGAAACCAUGCCUUCUUUUGCAACCAGUGCUCCAUGGGCUUCCUCACGGAGUCCUCCCUGACUGAGCACAUCCAGCAGACUCACUGCAAUGUGGGCAGCUCCAAGCUGGAAUCCCCUGUCAUACAGCCAUCUCAGUCCUUCAUGGAAGUCUACUCCUGCCCGUACUGCACCAACUCUCCCAUCUUUGGCUCCAUCCUGAAACUUACCAAGCACAUCAAGGAGAACCACAAGAACAUCCCACUGGCUAACAACAAGCGCUCCAAGGCGGACCACAGCCCUGUCUCCUCUGAUGUUGAGAUAUCCUCGCCAAAAAGGCAGAGGCUGGUAGCGAAUGCCACCCCGGGCUCCAAUGGCGAGUACCCAUGCAAUCAGUGUGACCUCAAGUUCGCCAGCUUUGAGGGUUUCCAAGCUCACUUGAAGUCUCAUCUGGAGCUGCUCCUGAGGAAGCAGUCCUGCCCUCAGUGCAAGGAGGAUUUUGACUCCCAGGACUCACUUCUGCAGCACUUGACAGUCCACUACAUGACCACAUCCACCCACUAUGUCUGUGAGAGCUGUGACAAGCAGUUUUCCUCAGUGGAUGACCUGCAGAAGCACCUCCUGGACAUGCACACCUUUGUCCUGUACCACUGCACGUUGUGUCAGGAGGUCUUUGACUCCAAGGUCUCCAUCCAGGUGCACCUGGCUGUCAAGCACAGCAAUGAGAAGAAGAUGUACCGCUGUACUGCCUGCAACUGGGAUUUCCGCAAGGAGACCGAUCUGCAGCUGCACGUUAAGCACAGCCAUCUAGGCAACCCAGCCAAGGCCCGCAAGUGCAUCUUCUGCGGUGAGAUGUUCAGCACAGAGGUGGAGCUGCAGUGCCACAUCACGACCCACAGCAAGAAGUACAACUGCCGCUUCUGCAGCAAGGCUUUCCACGCCAUCAUCCUAUUGGAGAAGCAUUUGCGGGAAAAGCACUGCGUCUUUGAUGGAGGCAGCAGCAGCCAGAACGGGACACCCAACGGGGUGCCCCCGGCUGCCAAGAGGGCCGCCGAGGCUCCGGACCUGCAGAACAUGUUACUGAAGAGCCAGGAGACGGCCAACAGCCACGAGGCCAGCGAAGACGACGUGGAUGCCUCCGAGCCUAUGUACGGCUGUGACAUCUGUGGAGCGGCCUACACGAUGGAGGCCCUGCUGCAGAACCACCGCCUGCGCGAUCACAACAUCCGGCCCGGGGAGGACGACUGCUCCCGCAAGAAGGCAGAGUUCAUCAAAGGCAGCCACAAGUGCAACGUCUGCUCACGGACCUUCUUCUCCGAGAACGGGCUCCGGGAGCACAUGCAGACCCACCGCGGUCCGGCCAAGCACUACAUGUGCCCCAUCUGUGGGGAACGCUUCCCAUCCCUUCUCACGCUCACAGAGCACAAAGUGACGCAUAGCAAGAGCCUGGACACGGGGACCUGCCGCAUCUGCAAGAUGCCCCUGCAGAGUGAGGAGGAGUUCAUUGAGCACUGCCAGAUGCACCCUGACCUACGCAACUCUCUCACCGGCUUUCGCUGUGUGGUCUGCAUGCAGACAGUCACCUCCACUCUAGAGCUGAAGAUCCACGGCACUUUCCACAUGCAGAAGCUGGCCACCAACUCGGCCUCCUCCUCCCCCAACGGGCAGCUCCAGAAGCUGUACAAAUGUGCCCUGUGCCUGAAGGAGUUCAAGAACAAGCAGGACUUGGUGAAGCUAGAUGUCAACGGGCUGCCUUACGGCCUGUGUGCAGGCUGCAUGAGCAGAGGCACCAACGGCCAGUCGUCGAGCAGCGGUGCUGGGGGAGGUGGCAGCGGGGCACCCCAGGAACCCAGCGAGAAGCCUCUGGCUGGAUUGCGCUGCCCAGAGUGUGCUGUGAAGUUUGAGAGCCUGGAGGACCUGGAAAGCCACAUCCAGUUGGACCACCGGGAGAUGACCCCUGAAACUAGCAGCCAGAAGAAGGGGCCAGAGGCAGCUCCUGCCCAGAAAAAAAAAACCUACCAGUGCAUCAAGUGCCAAAUGACCUUCGAGACGGAAAGGGAGAUCCAGAUUCAUGUUGCCAACCACAUGAUUGGAGACACACUGCAGCUGCAAGAGGAAGGAAUCAAUCACGAGUGCAAGCUGUGCAACCAGAUGUUUGACUCUCCGGCGAAGCUCCUGUGCCACCUGAUCGAGCAUAGCUUCGAGGGGAUGGGAGGCACAUUCAAGUGCCCAGUCUGCUUCACAGUCUUUGUGCAGGCCAAUAAGCUGCAGCAGCACAUCUUCGCUGUCCACGGACAGGAGGACAAGAUCUACGACUGCUCCCAGUGUCCACAGAAGUUCUUCUUCCAAACAGAGCUGCAGAACCACACGCUGAGUCAGCACGCCCAGUGAGGGGACGCGGCGGGACGCCAGCUCUGGCCGGGCCUGGCCGGGCACGCAGUGGGGUGGACCAUUUGAACACGACGUCCAAUCAAAGUGUCAUUUGCAACCCAGAUGUAAAACUCCAAAUGAUUUGGCCACGAGGCGCUGCUAUUAUGAGUAGCUGGAAAUGAAUAUUAAUGGGAGAUAUUACAAAAGAGAGAGAGAGAGAAAUAAAAAAAAGGUAUUCUACGUUCAGUAUUUUUUAAUGUCCUGCUAUAAGUAUUUUUUAUUGUCCUGCUUCCAAGUAGUGCAUUUUUGAUCAACAGAAAGGAAAAAUGAAAAAAACAAGCUUGUGCCUCUGAUUCCUAGUGUGUAGAGAGACCUGCGUUGCUGCUCCUGUCCUCUGUUACUCCUUGUGUCAUAUCGAUAGGUGCCAGUUUUCUUCAGCUGUUCUUUUUUUUGGGUUUCAUUUGGAAAUUCUCCUCUUUUGGUGUUUUUUUUAUUUUGCUUUUACUUGCCGUUACUUGUGCUGUGAUGUGAUUGCUUGCCAAUCGUAAUAUUUCCGAAAUUUUCUUUUUAUUAUUAUAUUUUUUUUGUAAUUACAAAGAUAAAAUUAAUAAAAAAAAAACAGAAAAAAGUCAAAACUAAUGCUUUUCGAUUGGAUUUUCCAGUUCACCGGACAAGUGGUUAUUGUAAAAUGAAUAUCAUCGAUUUCAGUGCAACUGGAUGGUGUCUGCUUUCUAAAUGUGAAUUAACCUGAUUGCAAUAACUAGCACAGUAAAAAUAAAGGGAAUCCAUGCAGAA